AUGCCUCUUUCCAGAGCUGGCCUGGGCUUUUUGGGCCUUUUCUUCACUGCCGGAGCCCUCUUGCUGAUGUGGCUCACUUUCCUCGGCGGCGUAAGGAACAGUAACCCGAUCGACCAGAUCUACUUUCUUCAAGUAGACUCGAGCGGCAUCCCUGGUGCAGCUUCUGUCUCACGAUGGACCUGGUGGAAUCUGUGUCCUGUGACGGAUGGCAGGAAUGAUUGCGGCGGCAACCACCCCGAUUUCCCAUUCGAUCCUCCAAGUCAACGGAACUUCGGUACUGAAGAGAACAUCCCGUCCGACUUUAUCGGAACCCGGCACUACUUCCUGACUUCGCGGUUCUCAUGGCCUUUUAUGAUUAUCGCUCUAUUCUUCGGUGUCAUCUCCUUCUUCACCGGACUUGCUGCCAUGUGCACACGCGUCGGAAGCUAUCUUUCAGCCGUGAUGGGAUGGAUCGCUUUCGUCUUUCAGGUUAUCACCACCUGUCUCAUUACUGCCGUCUAUGUCCAGGGCCGCAACAAGUUCAACGCCAACGGCCAAACUGCACGCCUUGGUGUUAAGGCCUUCGCUUUCAUGUGGACCGCGGUUGCCCUCUGGCUGCUCGCUUGCAUCACUUACUGCCUUGGUGGCUCUGUUUCGGGAGGACGGGAACGCGGAUACAGCGGUCGUAAGCAGCGCCGUCGCGGUUUCUUUACUUCCGCACGACAACCCAGCGCGGAGGCCAACAAGGAGGUUGCUGCAUAA